CGUGCCGCAGCCGCCAGCCAGUUGAGUGGGAGAGUCGCGGGCUUUUCGCUCCGCACAGUUUUCCCCGGGCGGGCGUUUGCUCUCGUGCGCGCGCGUUGUGUCAGGGAAGAGGAAGUCGUGCUUUUGUUUCACUCCAAAAACAUAAUUGCAUCGGCAUUUGUUGCUGGCAUAACGGUCAGUUCCAGUGGGUGCUCGGCGAAAGGAAAUGCAGCGGUGCGUAUCCUCUGCAACAGAAAUGCAUAAUUUGAAGUACGACAAGGUCGAGGAGGCGGUGGAAGAAGAGGGAGAUGCUGGGAAGAUCAAAACAGAAGCAAACUGACAGCUUUCAAACGACCCAAAACGUCAACAAACGAACUGUCGGUCGUCGAAAAGUAAAACAAACAGUUUGUUUUAGUGGAUUUUUUUCUGGAAUUGUUAUACGUAGGUUGUUAGGGUAAAAAAGUUUGCAUUGGUGGGGUUAAGGCUGCUUCCCAGCUGCAAUGAGUGUGGACGAGCUGAAUCAAUCGAUACUACAAUACAAAGAGCAGCUGGAACAGAUUGCACAAGCCCUACAGCUGACCAGGGAUGAAACGGAACGAAGCGAGCUGAACAAACUCAAGUCCGAUCUAAUCGAGCUGCUCGAACUGACGGUGGAAUCACUCGCAGCUACAAGCGAUGACGACGACGCACCGGACACGGCUGGACGAGCACCCCCGGCAACUGCGGACAAUCCGAUCGACGAUGAGUUUGCACUGUUUAUGCGCGAAAUCAAAGAGCUCCAAACGGAGGACUCAGCAGCUGGAGAGCAGGCGGGAGAGCAGGCAGCAACCGAACCGGAACGCAAGUCAAACGACGACGAUGCCGACAACGACGACGAUGCCGACGACGACCUAGAUCUUGACGGGCUGGUCGGGAGCAAGUGUUCCGCACCGCACCUGCACACCUGGGGCUCGACCGCGUACCACAACGCGAUGGUAUGCAGCCUGGACGCGGACGAUCUGGCCCACGCUACCGCCAAGGUGCUGUUCGCCAAUCCAACCCACCGCGAGAUGCUACCCUGCGCGUACUUUCUCGAGGGCGAGUGUCGCUUCACGGACGAAAAGUGUCGCUACUCGCACGGGGAAGUGGUCCGGUUGGAUCAGUUGCGGGACUACCGCGCACCGCAGUUCGAGCGAUUGCGCCGGGCAGGCAGCCGAGCGCUGGUCAAGCAACCCACACGCCUGUGGUGCAAGGGCACGGUGACGGAAGUGGACUUUGACGCGAAGCGCUGCAAAGUUCGGCUCGAGGAGGGCAAGCGCGAACAGCUGGAGGUACCGUUCGAAGAUCUGCUACCGCUGGACGAGGACGAGGAUGGGCAGGAAGCGGCGGAGGACAGCGAGUCGGACACCGAUGGUGCCGGCGAGGAGGAAGCCGACGAUGAAGCGCUGUGGAAAACGUUGCUGGUGGAGAAAAGUCUCUUCCAUCCCGCACCCAACCGGCGGCUGGGCGAAUGGGAAGAACACACGCGUGGUAUCGGUUCGAAAAUCAUGCAAAAAAUGGGCUACAUCGUUGGCACCGGGCUGGGGCGGGAGGGUGAGGGCAUCGUAGUGCCGGUAAGUGCGCAGGUGCUGCCGCAGGGCCGCUCCCUCGACUACUGUAUGGAGCUGCGCGAACAAUCGAACGGCGAUAAGGAUCUGUUCAGCGUGGAGAAGAAGCUGGUACAGCUGAAGCGGCAGGAGGCAAAGCGAGCCGCCAAGGAUUAUGAGCGCCAGCGGGCCCGCGAGAGCAAAUCGAAGGAUGUGUUCAGCUUCAUCAACGAGCAGGUGUUUAGCGGUGCGGCUGGAGGCGAAAGCUCACGGCCGAACCGGAACCGACCGGGCGCACUGAGCAGACAGGAGCUGAAGGAGCAUUCGUGCAAAAACCUCAACAUUGCCAGCCUGAAGCUGUCGGAAGAGAUACGCCGAACGGAGGCGGAUGUGGAGCAGUUGAAGAUAGCGCUCACGAGACACCGGGCCGGUACGCCCGCGGCAGACAAUCUGCUGCGCCAGAUCGAUGCCAAGCGGGGGGAAAUUUCGCGCAUGCAGGCAUCGGAGGGUAACAUCUCGCGGGAGCAGCAGCUGCGCAGUGACAAGAAAAAGUUGACGAUAUUUUAAGUGAAAGCGGGAAGGUAGAAAAUGCAAUAAGAAUUAAGUGUAGUGUUAAGCGAGAACGCACUAUGGCAAGCCCUCAUAAUAAACCUCAUGCAUCAACAUGUUCAUACCAUCUGCA